AGCGAGUGGUCUCCUCCUCAUGCUAGUGCUGCUGCGGCCUCCCGAGAGUCGGGCGGGAGGGGAGAGCGGGUGUGGAUUUGUCUUGACGGUAAUUGUUGCGUUUCCACGUCUCGGGGGCCUGAGCGCGAGGUUGCUCCUUCCCGGAGAGAGUGCCAUUAGGGCGGCUACACAGUGCCCGCCCGCCGGAGCGAGCCCAGCGCCCCGAGCUGCGUGCGUGGAGAGUGGGAGCGCGCACACGCGUGUCUCGGGGCAGCCACCGCGCCGAGAGCUCGGAGGGACGGGGCGCUGGGGAGGCUGGGCGCUCGCUCCGCACGGGGGCCCUGGGCAGCCGGGCCACAGAGGGAGAGGGGACAGCCCAGCUUCCAGCUGCCGUGGCGACUGCCCUGCACAGUUUGCAGGGGUCACUUAAAAGCUUAGAACCGGGCGGCCGGGAGGGGAGACCGGAGGCUGGGAGCGCAGCCGGCCCGAGGUGCGCCCACCCUGACGCGGGCGCUCGGACAGCCCGGGCUGCGGGGCGCUGGAGAAGCCAGGGGUGCUUUGUCCUCCCUGCCUUCGUCGUCCUCCGCAGCUGAGGUCCGAGAAGAGGCCUGAGCAGGGAGGGGACACAGACGUCCUGAAACAAUGCUUUGGAUACCCUUUUACCCUUAGAACUAAAAUUCCAGAUGGCAAAUUCUAUGAAUGGCAGAAACCCUGGUGGUCGAGGAGGAAACCCCCGAAAAGGGCGAAUUUUGGGUAUUAUUGAUGCUAUUCAGGAUGCAGUUGGCCCCCCUAAGCAAGCUGCUGCUGAUCGCAGGACUGUGGAGAAAACUUGGAAACUCAUGGACAAAGUGGUAAGACUGUGCCAAAAUCCUAAACUGCAAUUGAAAAAUAGUCCACCGUAUAUACUUGAUAUUUUACCUGAUACGUAUCAGCACUUGCGGCUUAUAUUGAGUAAAUAUGAUGACAACCAGAAACUUGCCCAACUGAGUGAGAAUGAGUAUUUUAAAAUCUACAUUGAUAGUCUAAUGAAAAAGUCAAAACGAGCAAUAAGACUUUUUAAAGAAGGCAAAGAGAGGAUGUAUGAAGAGCAGUCACAGGACAGACGAAAUCUCACAAAACUGUCCCUUAUCUUCAGUCACAUGCUGGCAGAAAUUAAAGCAAUCUUUCCCAGUGGUCAGUUCCAGGGAGAUAACUUCCGUAUCACUAAAGCAGAUGCUGCCGAAUUCUGGAGAAAGUUUUUUGGAGACAAAACUAUUGUACCAUGGAAAGUAUUCAGACAGUGCCUUCAUGAGGUCCAUCAAAUUAGCUCUGGCCUGGAAGCAAUGGCUCUAAAAUCAACCAUUGAUUUAACUUGCAAUGAUUACAUUUCAGUUUUUGAAUUUGAUAUUUUUACUAGGCUAUUUCAGCCUUGGGGCUCUAUUUUACGCAAUUGGAAUUUCUUAGCUGUAACACAUCCAGGUUACAUGGCAUUUCUCACAUAUGAUGAAGUUAAAGCACGGCUACAGAAAUACAGCACCAAACCUGGAAGCUACAUUUUCCGGCUAAGCUGCACCCGACUGGGACAGUGGGCCAUUGGCUAUGUGACUGGAGAUGGCAAUAUCUUACAGACCAUACCUCACAACAAGCCCCUCUUUCAAGCCCUGAUUGAUGGCAGCAGAGAAGGCUUUUAUCUUUAUCCUGAUGGGCGAAGUUACAACCCUGAUUUAACUGGAUUAUGUGAACCUACUCCGCAUGAUCAUAUAAAAGUGACACAGGAGCAAUAUGAAUUAUAUUGUGAAAUGGGUUCAACUUUUCAGCUCUGCAAAAUCUGUGCAGAGAAUGACAAAGAUGUCAAGAUUGAGCCUUGUGGGCACCUGAUGUGCACCUCUUGCCUUACAGCAUGGCAGGAGUCAGAUGGCCAGGGCUGCCCUUUCUGCCGUUGCGAGAUAAAAGGAACCGAGCCCAUCAUCGUGGACCCCUUUGAUCCUAGAGACGAAGGCUCCAGGUGCUGCAGCAUCAUCGACCCCUUCAGCAUGCCAGUGCUUGACUUGGAUGAUGAUGAUGAUAGAGAGGAGUCCUUGAUGAUGAACCGGCUGGCAAGUGUUCGAAAGUGCACUGACAGGCAGAACUCACCAGUCACAUCACCAGGAUCCUCCCCCCUUGCCCAGAGAAGAAAGCCUCAGUCAGACCCUCUUCAAAUCCCACAUCUCAGCCUGCCCCCAGUGCCUCCUCGCCUGGAUUUAAUUCAAAAAGGCAUAGUCCGGUCUCCCUGUGGCAGCCCAACUGGUUCUCCAAAGUCCUCUCCUUGCAUGAUGAGAAAACAAGACAAACCACUCCCAGCACCACCUCCUCCCUUAAGAGAUCCUCCUCCCCCUCCACCUGAGCGACCUCCUCCAAUCCCACCUGAAAACAGACUGAGCAGACACUUCCAUCAAGUGGAAAGUGUGCCUUCCAGGGACCAGCCAAUGCCUCUUGAAGCAUGGUGCCCUCGGGAUGUGUUUGGGAAUAAUCCGUUGGUGGGAUGUCGCAUCCUAGGGGAUGGCUCUCCUAAGCCUGGAAUCACACCAAGCUCAAAUGUAAAUGGAAGGCACAGUAGAAUGAGCUCUGACCCAGUGCUUAUGCGGAAACACAGACGCCAUGAUUUGCCUUCAGAAGGAGCUAAGGUCUUUUCUAAUGGUCAUCUUGGAAGCGAAGAAUAUGAUGUUCCUCCUCGGCUUUCUCCUCCUCCUCCAGUUGCUACCCUUCUCCCUAGCAUAAAGUGUACUGGUCCGUUAGCAAAUUCUCUUUCAGAGAAAGUAAGAGAUCCAGUAGAGGAAGAUGACGAUGAAUACAAGAUUCCUACAUCCCAUCCUGUUUCCCUGAAUUCACAACCAUCCCAUUGUCAUAAUGUAAAGCCUCCUGUUGGGUCUUGUGAUAAUGGUCAUUGUUUAUUGAAUGGAACGCAUGGUACACCUUCAGAGAUGAAGAAAUCAACCAUGCCAGAGUUAGGCAUAUAUGUAAAGGGAGAUGUUUUUGAUUCAGCCUCUGAUCCAGUGCCAUUACCACCUGCCAGGCCUCCAACUCGGGACAAUCCAAAACAUGGUUCUUCACUCAACAGGACGCCCUCUGAUUAUGAUCUUCUCAUCCCUCCAUUAGGUGAAGAUGCCUUUGAUGCCUUCCCCCCCUCCCUCCCACCUCCCCCACCUCCUGCAAGGCACAGUCUCAUUGAACAUUCCAAACCUCCUGGCUCCAGUAGCAGACCAUCCUCUGGACAAGACCUUUUCCUUCUUCCUUCAGAUCCUUUUUUUGACCUAGCAAGUGGCCAAGUUCCUUUGCCUCCUGCUAGGAGAUUGCCAGGAGAAAAUGUCAAAUCCAAUAGGACAUCACAAGACUAUGACCAGCUUCCUUCAUCCUCAGAUGUUUCACAAGCACCAGCCAGACCCCCCAAACCAAGACCUCGCAGGACUGCACCAGAAAUUCACCACAGAAAACCCCAUGGGCCUGAGGCAGCAUUGGAAAAUGUCGAUGCAAAAAUCGCAAAACUCAUGGGAGAGGGUUAUGCCUUUGAAGAGGUGAAGAGAGCCUUAGAGAUAGCCCAGAAUAAUGUCGAAGUGGCCCGAAGCAUCCUACGAGAAUUCGCCUUCCCUCCUCCAGUCUCCCCACGUUUAAAUCUAUAGCAGCCUGAACUGCGAACACCAAAAUGUAAAGGAGUUGACAAAUAUUCCAGGAAUAUGGAGAAGAGAAGAUUGAGGUGGAAUUCAAGAGCAAAGGAGUCUCCUCAUGUGGCAUCUUGAGAAGCGGGGCCUUCGAGUGCAGCUUCUGAGAAGACUGCUGCUCAGUCAGGAUGUCGAUGCUGUGACUUCCUUGUUUUUGCUAGCCAUACUUUUAAAUCAGGGUUGAACUGACAAAAUAAUUUAAAGACGUUUACUUCCCUUGAACUUUGAAUCUGUGAAAUGCUUUCCCUAGUUUACACGUUGGCAAAUGCAGUUUUUGUUUUUGUUUUUGAUACUUGUACUGUGUUCUUGACAGACCCUUUGUAGAGUGGUCAGGUCUGCUGUGAUACUUCCUGUCGCCUCCCUUGCGAGGCACCUUUUCAUUUUGAUCUUUCCUUCUGCAUCCCAACACCCAGUCCCAGGUCCAGUUCCAUUUCUUCCCUUCACAGGAUGCUCUGAAGGUUCUGAUUUUCAAUGUAUCAAACUAAUGCAAAAAGAAAAAGAUGUGUGUGGUCUUCACUACUGAGUCUUUGGAAAUGAUCACUGUUGAGAGAUGGGAAAAAACCUGAAUGUAGAAAGCAUUUAUUUGUCAAUAACGAUCUCUUAUAAGAGGUUUUUAAAUAAUGUAAAGGAGCCUCCCUUGCUAAAGUUUUGUAACUUUUAAUUUUCCAUAUUUUCCAUCUCUGUCAUCCCAGGGUGCCAUGAUGCUAUAAAAAUCUGAAACAUUAGAAAACAACUACAGAUGUGGGAGAAAAACACUUGCACAGCACAGUGCCAUCCUGAAGUAAUAUAAUGAGGUCCCUGAUAAUUAUGCUUACAUUACUUUCAGGCAUGCUGUAAAAGAGGACCUUUUUCCUAAACCAUAUUAAUAAACUUCAGGUACAAUCAUCGACAUGUCUUUCCCAAAGUAGAAUAGAGUUCAUUUCUUGUUUAAGUGAUUAUACCCUAGUUUCUAAGAGCUGUGAGAACAACUUCAUAGCACAAUGGAAACGUUAAAUUUUUGAUGCACUGUUAAGUGCCAGUGCUACUGUGGUGACAUCUUUUUUUUUUUUUUUUUUUGCAAAGUUCUUAGUAAUUUCCUCUCUGCCAUCAAAUUAGGGUUCAUAUUUAAAUUUGUAGAUAUUCCCAUUCAUUGCUCUAUUUUGCUCCAUUCAAUCAAGUGAAAAGUUAACAUAGUUUUGCCUUUUUUGCAAAGUGGUGGUUGGUUCUUCAGAAACUGUGUAUUACUUUUAAUAAAUCUGAAAAUUUUUAUUGAGCACCUGCAGUGCUUGGCAAUGUUAGACACUGUGUUUUUAAAGCACAAACUCUUACAUGCUGAUUGUAGCAUAUUUCGUUAUUUUCAUAUGCAUUUUGUUAUGGUAAGAGUCUCUGAUGGAUGAAGCCUAGAAGGUUUCCACCACAGCUUCAGAAUUUUCCAGCAUCUUGCUUUUUUCAUUCAGUGUGUCUAUGCAAAAUGAUUGAACCCACAGAUAGUUUUCUAAAUGUGGACUUAAUUGUGGGUUUGUGCAUCCUUCUACCACUCCUUUUUUCACACCCAGUGUGAGGUGAAAAGAUGCUUUAGAUAAUGAGUCUCUCAUCAUACUUGAGAGAACAUGGCAGAACAUCUGAUAGAUUUGAUAAGAUUAAUGUUGUACAUGACUCAUGCAGAUAACCAGGUUGACCCAGGGAGGGAAACUAAUGUAUUCCUUUGAAAAGUGAUACUUGACCUUUCUUUACUGGCUUUCAUGGGAUGAGAUGAUACUUGAAGACUCACAGGCUUUGCUUAGUUUGUGCUCUUAUAUGAAUUUGUUCAGGUGAUUUAGAGCUGGUUUUGUCCCUAGAAGGGAAAUUUUAAUUUGCCUUAGAUGAUCUUCCUUUGAGUAGGUAUGAGUAUAGUUUUUUAUACUUUUUUAAAUUGUACUGGCCAAUUGUCUAUUUCUUUAUGAACUCUGUGUUAACAUCGUCAUGAUUUUUCAUUUGUUUUAUCAGUGUCUGAUGUCACAUUGGGAUAGCCUUGCAUAUUUUGGCCUUCUUGUGACUUGCUAAUGAUAGGUACAAUUUAAGAGCCAAAAAUUACCACUUCGUUGUGAUAACAUUCUUUAUAGAUUAGGCAGUGAUGUAAAAUAAGAAUAUUGGAAACAUAGCACCUUCUCAUCCAGUUUUCAAACUAUGUGAAAAUUUUUAGUGAGAAUUAGAAAGGAGAAUAUAAAUAUAUAGUGAGGUUUGAAAAAUAACUUUUGCAAAAACUUUUUUAGCCUCCACCAAAUCCAUGUCUUAAACUCAAGAGCAUCCUUCUGUUUUGUCAUUAGCAAUAGUGAAAAAAGUCCUACAGCAUUCAAAGGAAAGAGGGACACUUUGUAUCAGACAUUAUCAUGAAAACUCAUUGCUAUCCACUGCUUAUGAUAUCACACAGAAAAAGAACUUUUUCAGGAAAUAAUUAAACCAAAAUGUUUUUAUUAUAAAAGUGACUACCUGUUAAUACUUAGAAAUGAUCUAGACUUUGUUCACUGUGAUCCAAACAUUUCUCCUAUUUCUCAAGAUUCGCUAAGAUGAUUGUUUUUAAGCCAAUAGUACAAUCCCUAAGAUUACAACAAAUCUGGCCAAAAUUAGCCCUCCCAUAUAUUUCAGGUAUAUAAAGACAUGGAUUUAUCCUCAGUGAUAUUCCAGUAAAUAUAUUUCCAGAAUAUUUUUGGGUAUCUUUGGUGGUUUUUUUUUUCACCCAUGAUAUCUGACAUAGCCAAAUAUUUUAGAAUUGAAUUGGAGCAUUUUAUGCUGAACUUGGACUUCCUUCCGCAAAUACAACCUUUGCUUCUUUGUUUCCUCUUGCCCACAUUGUGGUCUUAAUAACCAAGCCCUAAUUACAACCUCAAAGGGCCCAUUUGUUAAGUCAGUAUUUCGCACACCAAGAACACUUGCAAAGAUUUCUUCAUAAUGUGAACUUUUAAAUUUUUCAGUUCCAGAAGCAUUUCCUAAAGGUUAGAUACCACGUUUUCUUUCAGAUUUUCAACUUGAAUCUUUAGUUUGCACUGAAUUCUCUUAAUUUGGUUUAAAAAAAGAAAAGCAUCUCUUAAACUGACAGAUUCAGAAGUAAAUUACAGAUAUUUUAAAUAAUAAUACAGGUACUUCCUGUUAACGUGGAAAUUUAGUGCUUCUAGGAAGAGUUUCCAGAAAAAAAGACAGCAAUAGAGUGAAGUGUUUUCUUCCCAGUUCUAUUUCAUUGUUUUUUAAAUGCCUUUUUAAAACUUGUCUAAUGUGGCAAAAUAGUUAUGUGUUCAAUUAAUUUAUAUUUUAUUCAUUCUUUUUUCAAUUCUGGUUAUUAUGUAACCUCGAGUACUUUAUCUGUUCUUUUAAUGUAUUUUAUAAAUGAAUGUUA